GUUGUCUACAAUACUCAUUAUAUACAACCUCACUGAAGGCCAAGAAAAAAAAAAUAUAUCAGUUCAUAAAAUGGAGCUAACAACAAUUGGAAAAAGCACCCAAUCAUCAUUUCAACACCAUGCUUCAACUCUCGAUGCUGGUGGAGAUUCUAUCAUAGAGGAAGAUGAGGAACUUGAGCUGCAAUGGGCAGCAAUUGAGAGACUACCAACAUUCAAACGGCUCAAAACCUCAGUAUUUGAUAUUGAUCAUGACAAUGGAAGUGGAAAAGAAUUUAGAGGUAAGAGAGUGACUGAUGUUACCAAGCUUGGAGCAGUUGAAAGACAUCUGUUUAUUGAGAAGCUCAUAAAGCACAUUGAGAAUGAUAAUCUCCGGUUGCUGCAGAAACUAAGAGACAGAAUAGACAGAGUGAACGUAAAGUUACCUACUGUGGAGGUGAGAUAUAAGAAUCUCUUUGUGGAUGCAAAGUGCGAGGUAGUUCAAGGAAAGCCUCUUCCAACACUAUGGAAUUCCAUCAUGAGUCCCUUAUCAGUUUUUACAAAGGUAAUACAGUGCAAUUCUCAAGAAUCCAAAAUAAACAUUUUAAAAGAUGUCAGUGGCAUCAUCAAACCAUCAAGGCUUACACUUCUUCUCGGUCCGCCAGGCUGUGGGAAAACGACCUUAUUAUUGGCUCUUGCAGGAAAGCUUGAUCAAUCUCUCGACGUGGCAGGGCAAAUCUCUUAUAAUGGCUACAUGCUAGAUGAGUUUAUUCCACAGAAAACAUCAGCUUACGUAAGCCAACAUGACCUGCACCUAGCUGAGAUGACUGUGAGGGAAACAAUCGACUUUGCAGCACGCUGCCAGGGUGUUGGAAGCAGAGCAGAUAUCAUGAUGGAAGUAAGCAGAAGAGAGAAGGAAGAAGGGAUUGUCCCUGACCCUGACAUUGACACCUAUAUGAAGGCAAUAUCAGUAGAAGGACAAAAAAGAAAUCUCCAAACAGACUACGUUUUAAAGAUCCUUGGACUCGAUAUCUGCAGUGAUACAAUGGUUGGAGAUGCAUUGAAAAGAGGCAUUUCCGGUGGCCAGAAGAAAAGGUUAACUACAGGGGAGAUGAUUGUUGGUCCCACAAAAGCUCUUUUUAUGGAUGAAAUAUCGACUGGACUAGACAGUUCCACAACCUUUCAGAUAGUUACCUGCCUUCAGCAAUUGGUGCACAUCACAGAUACAACUGCAUUAGUUUCACUUCUUCAGCCAGCUCCUGAAACAUUUGAUCUAUUUGAUGAAGUGAUAUUAAUGGCAGAAGGGAAAAUAGUAUACCAUGGUCCUCGAGCUCAUGUACUUCAAUUUUUUGAGGAUUGUGGUUUCAAGUGCCCAGAAAGAAAAGGUGCUGCAGACUUCCUUCAGGAGGUUAUCUCCAGGAAGGAUCAAGAACAAUACUGGUACCAUGCUGACCUUCCAUACAAUUAUGUUUCAGUGGAUCAGUUCUCUCAAAGGUUCAAAGCUAGUUCUUUAGGACAGAAGUUAAAUGAUGAGCUCUCAAAACCAUAUGAUAAAUCUAAGAGCCACAAUAGUGCCUUGUCAUUUGAUAUUUACUCUUUGAGCAAAUGGGAGAUGUUCAAAGCUUGCAUGGCCAGAGAGCUACUUCUCAUGAAACGGAAUUCAUUUGUCUAUAUUUUCAAAACGAUGCAGCUCAUCAUCACUGCAUUUAUUACAAUGACAGUAUUUAUGCGUACUCAAACAACUGUCGACUUGAUCGGUGCCAAUUAUUUUUUGGGCUGUCUAUUUUAUACAAUUGUAAGACUCAUGACUAAUGGAGUUGCAGAGUUGUCCUUGACAAUCACUAGACUUCCAGUGGUUUACAAGCAAAGAUCAUUCUAUCUGUAUCCGGCAUGGGCAUAUUCUAUUCCAGCAUCUCUCCUAAAGAUUCCACUUUCUUUGGUUGAUUCAAUACUUUGGACAGUAAUGACUUACUAUAUUGUUGGGUAUAGCCCUGAGGUAGAAAGGUUCUUCUUCCAGUUCCUUUUGCUGUUUGCUCUACAUCUAGAAUCAACGUCCAUGUGUCGUUUCAUUGCCUCAGUUUUCCGGACUAUGGUUACUGCAUCAACUUGUGGUGCUUUGAUCUUAGUAUUAAUCUUUUUGUUUGGAGGCUUCAUUAUUCCUCGACCCUCUUUACCACCUUGGUUGAGAUGGGGUUUCUGGCUUUCUCCCAUGAGUUAUGCGGAAAUAGGUAUAGCACUGAAUGAAUUUCUUGCUCCACGAUGGCAAAAGGUUUCGAAAGGAAACAUGACCAUAGGAAUGGAGGUUCUAACUACUCAUGGUUUGAACUUUGAUGGCUAUUUCUAUUGGAUAUCAUUGGGAGCUUUGUUCGGGUUCACAAUACUUUUCGAUAUUGGAUUUAUCUUAGCCUUAACUUACAUAAAGCCUCCAAAGAUUUCUCGAGCUAUUAUUUCAAAAAAAAAUUUCUCUCAGCUACGAGGAACAGAUGAUUGUAAUGGAAGCGUAAAGCUGGAUAACCAAUCAACUCUAGCUACUUCUCUGCAAACUACUGUAGAAACAAGAAAUUCUGGGAGGCUGGUCCUGCCAUUUGAGCCCUUGACAAUAUCAUUUAAAGAUGUGCAAUACUUUGUUGAUACCCCUCCGGAAAUGAGAGAGAUGGGUUUCAGUCAGAAAAAGCUUCAGUUGCUUCGUGAUAUUACAGGAGCAUUUAGGCCAGGAAUUCUUACAGCACUUAUGGGCGUAAGUGGAGCUGGAAAAACAACUCUCAUGGACGUCCUCUCUGGGAGGAAAACUGGAGGUACUGUUGAAGGAGAUAUAAGAAUAGGAGGGUAUCCCAAGGUCCAGAAGACAUUUGCAAGAAUAUCAGGUUACUGUGAGCAGAAUGAUAUACAUUCUCCAUGGAUUACUGUAAAAGAAUCAGUGACAUACUCAGCUUGGUUGCGAUUGCCACCUGAGAUUGAUUCAGACACAAAAGCUAGAUUUGUAGAAGAAGUUAUUGAAACAAUUGAACUUGAUGGUAUCAAAGAUUCGUUAGUUGGAAUUCCAGGCCAAAGUGGCCUAUCUACUGAACAACGUAAAAGGCUGACAAUUGCAGUGGAGCUUGUUUCAAAUCCAUCAAUAAUAUUUAUGGAUGAACCUACAUCGGGUUUAGAUGCGAGAGCAGCUGCAAUUGUCAUGCGUGCAGUGAAGAAUGUAGUAUCCACAGGAAGGACAACGGUUUGCACCAUCCACCAACCAAGCAUUGACAUAUUCGAGGCUUUCGAUGAGUUGAUUCUAAUGAAAACUGGAGGACAGAUCAUUUAUUCUGGAAUUCUAGGUCAUCAUUCAAGUAAACUUAUUGAAUAUUUUGAGGGUAUUGCUGGUGUGCCAAAGAUCAAAAAUAAUUAUAAUCCAGCAACAUGGAUGUUAGAAGUUACUUCUGCUUCAGUAGAAGCAGAUCUUGAUAUAGAUUUUUCCAGAAUUUAUAAGGAUUCACCUCUGCAUCGUGACACCAUCAAGUUGGUAAGACAGUUGAGUGAGCCACAGCCAGGUUCAAGAGACUUGCACUUUCCCACUCCUUAUGCACAAAGUGGUUGGGUGCAGUUUAUGGCAUGCCUAUGGAAACAACACUUAUCUUAUUGGAGAAGUCCUGAAUACAACUUGGCACGUUUCCUAUUUAUAAUUGCUGCAGCACUGUUGUUUGGGGCAGUCUUUUGGCAGAAAGGAAAGGAGAUAAACACUGAGCAGGAUUUGUUCAACAUCCUUGGAUCAAUGUAUAUGGCUGUAAUAUUCUUGGGCUUAAACAACUGUUCAACAGUUCUUCCAUAUGUGGCAACUGAGCGCACUGUUCUGUACCGGGAAAAAUUCGCAGGAAUGUACUCCCCAAAUGCCUACUCAUUUGCACAGGUGAUCAUGGAAAUACCUUAUGUAAUUUUGCAAACAAUUUUGUAUGUGGCCAUUACAUAUCCAGCAAUAGGAUUCUACUGGUCAGCUUACAAGGUCUUUUGGUACUUCUAUGCCACAUUCUGUUCUCUUCUCUACUUUGUAUAUUUAGGGAUGCUGCUAGUUUCAAUGAGCACAAGUAUCGAUGUAGCUUCCAUACUGGCAGCUGCAAUCUACACCAUAUUGAACAUUUUCUCAGGCUUCCUUAUGCCAGGACCGAAAAUUCCUAAGUGGUGGGUCUGGUGCUAUUGGAUCUGCCCUACGUCUUGGUCCCUAAAUGGCCUGCUGACUUCACAAUAUGGAGAUAUAAAGAAGGAGAUACUAAUCUUUGGGGAGCUCAAGACAGUUGGUUCCUUUCUUGAAGAUUAUUAUGGCUUUCGACCUGAUCAAUUGGGCCUUGUGGCCUUUGUGCUCAUUGCUUAUCCAAUUAUUUACGCUUCCCUGUUUGCCUAUUGCAUAGGGAAACUAAAUUUCCAACGGAGGUAGAAAUGAGCUAAAAAUUGCUUGAAAUACACUCCACGCAAUUGUAUGGCAUAAAUAUAUGUAUAGAUAUUUGCAGUUCUAUUGCAUGACAAGAAAAAUAGUUUUUGGCUGUAUAUAAAUUCUGUGACAUGCCAUAUAGAACCAGAGAUUUUAGAAUCAAUAUCUUCCCCUCCAUCAGAAAGACAAUGUGAUGAAGGGUGGUAUUUGACAACUCAAUUGUA